UAUCAUGAGUGUGUGCUUUUUUGUCGCAACGACCGUCCGUCGUGGCUGGUAGCACGAGCAUACGAGCGCUGCACAGCCGCAGCAGUGUGAAACCCUGUUUUCUUCCUAGGAGAGAGUAAACCUCGAAAUUUCUUUGUUGCAACAGACCCUGCGCCUACAGAAUUUUUGUGUCCUGCAAGGGUGUAGCCUCUACCUCAUCGCGCAGACGUUUAUCCCUCAGAUCAAAGGGUUUAAAUCACGUCGGCAAACGCUCUUACUGCACCUCAAGAGAGUGGAAGCGGUGCCUCAAUACUUGCUACGGACCUGGUCACAGGCAGUGUUUUUGCUUUCUCCGACUUUUGCCUGCCUUUUUCGUAUUCUUUGAUUUGCGAUACCAAUAUGAGUUGCUGUCACACUCAAACAUUGAAGCUAGGCGUGUGAGCAGCUGAGCGAUCGGCGGUGGCUUGUUUGCACACCGUAAAUUUGACGCGAUAUACGUUUCUUCCCCUGCCUAUGCGGGCUUUGGUAACUUCCUCUCGCUUCGAUUUCCCAGUAGGUUGUCAUCACACACCCCCAUUUUCGCUGCAGAGUGCAACAGUGGUUGAAUCAUGAUUCCCCUUGCAUCCGCAGAAGACUUUUUUUCUCAAGCAGAUAUGCCAGAGCAACUCCGCGCUCCGGCCACUCAUCAGCCUCGAUUUCUCACGAUAACGGACCUUAUAACAGCCAUAACCUCCAAAGCGUUCCUUCCUGAAACCAGUCCCGACUCGUCGAUAUAUCGCAAGGAAUGAAUGCGUCUGAAGAAGAGAAUGCUUUUGUUGCCAGUGUCCCAUCCUUCUUUGGCCUCCAAGAAGAAUCAUUAAUGGUCCAAGCGGGCAACACUGCCGGUUUUCGACCGGCGGAACAGCACCAGAUAUGGAGCAGAUAUGAGAAAGAUGCCCAAACGGAAGGGCACGCUGCACCGCAGGCAGCGGAAGCCGGGUACUAUUCAGCAACCAGCAAUUCCUCCGCUGCUGAGACAAGGGCAAAACUCUCAUUAGUGGACAGAGAGCCGGAUGAGUGUAGAGCCAUGCAGUGGAUGUUGGCGAACAGAACGAAUACUCCUGUAUGUGAUGCUCAGGAGGAACAAGAACACGGGGUACCUGUACCUUUGAGAACGAGUGAUUGUCCAUAUCUAGAUCACGAAGGCACGCUUUUAGGGUGGGACCCUCAGUGGCUCUGCCACUCUCUCCCUCAUACCGACUUUUACGCUCUUUAUUCAUACAACCAAAUGAGUUCCUUUUGUUUCCCCGCAUGUCACAAUGCUUUAACGGCUUCUGUGCCAGAGUAUUUUUCUUCAGUCCCUGCUUGUGGUGAUGCGUCUCUCCAGUCUAGGUUUGAACCACAAGGCACCUGUAGCUUGACCCCCGCGUGCAUUCGUUACUCGCCCACUGAGGAAGAUCAGAACCUUUUACGGUCUUUCUGGGCCUUCACAGGAGGCACAUGCCCACGUCUCCCUCUGUCUAUAAGAGCGGCCGUGCCAGCGAACUGUUCUCCGGCUCCCGCCGAGGAGUCCUUCCUCAUGCAUGUUCCAACUUCGUGCCCGCCUUGUCCUUCAAACUCUUCUUCUGCUGCCUCUUAUAGUGAGCCAUUCGGGUGCAGACAGAAGUCGCCACGCCUAAAACAAAGAAUGUCAUCGCACCAGGAGAGGAAGCGGAAAAAGGCAGAAGGGCGAAGUCGAAAUGGAGCUCCUGGACGACAGGGAUCGACUCGGAGUAAUCAAGCAUAUCACGGAAGGAAGACCGGAGUAGAAUUGAAACUGUCACCCUUACAGACGUCAACACCUUCUCUAUCUCCGCCUGCGGCUGAGCUCGACUCUCUAACUCCCUGCAGUGAAUCGCCUGGCAAACUCCCGGAACCGGUAUCACAUCCGUCCAUUUCGGCGUCCCAUGAGGAACUGGCUCUCUGUCUACCAGAUAUGCAGCGUCUGGGUCUUUUGAGACAGCAGCCUGUCUCUGCCGUGUCAUCCUGUGUGUCAUUCUCUCCUGGUGCAAGCCAUAGAGACCAGACAGGCUUUUGUCGUCCGCCCCCACGAGCCCCUCAUCGGAAACGACGGCCACGAAGGGCCUUAACCGAGAGAUCGACAAGAGGGACGGGCAAUUCUGGGGGUCUCGAUCAUCCUAUUCCGCGUUUUGUCUCCUCUCUCCUUGGCCCUCUGGCCGAUGUCGACUGGAGAAAUCCGAUUGCUGGAUGUCACCUGUCCAAUAAAUUCGGUUACUUGAGGUGUGACAGAACAGGAGAGCCUGUCUUUUCGCACCGCUGGGAGGGCGGGUGUGAAGGCGUCCUUUUCGACAACCAGAAAAGUCUGUGGAAAGUGCGAUGUUAUGGAAAAGGGAAGGUCCUAACGAAAAGUUUUUCUCCAAAGCUUCUAGGCGGGUUUGAGGCGGCCAAAACCGUAGCUACAUUGUACCGAAUAAGGGCGGCAGAACGAGAAGAAGUGCUGACACAAAAAUUGAGGGAACUUGCUCUGGACUGGAAGCAACAUCAAGGGGAGCCAUAUGGAGUUGUAAACCUGCCGGACGGCGGCAUUCCCUUGUCAGGGACCACUAUCGUGAACCGAGAAAACCUAAUGAUUCCUUCUUCUGCGGGUUUGGAGACGGUCGUGGACGGCAUCUUGAGGAACGAAGGGGAGUCGGGUAAAGACUCGCCUGAGUCGCUUCUCAAUGCAGCAAUGAUCAUCGUCUCCCAAAUGCAAUGUCAACACAACGUAGCGGAAGGGGAAAUGUGACGCGUGCAACGGCUUUAGGUGCGUCCACGCUUCGGAAGCAUCUGAUCUGUGGCUGUACGACGAUCAUUGUUGUACUGGAAAGUUUAUUUUAGCAAGAGUCAGUUUUUGUUGGCAACCAAUAACCACUUGUUGGCGCGCCAAUCAAGACUAUUGAAUAAAUUGUCCGUUAUGUCUGAAUGACGCAUAUCUCCCGUUUUGCAUAUGUGCUUUGAUGAUAAAACGGCUGGUCUUACUUUGAUUCCUGUG